AUUUCAUUCAAAUAGUUAUCAUUUUCUUGCUUUUAUGCAAUAUUAACAUAUUUUCUUGAAAAUAAAAUAUCAAAAAUAAUAAAUAAUGGCUAUUGUUGAGCUAUCAAAAGUUGCAAAUUCAGAUACUCAUGGUGAAGAUUCACCAUAUUUUGCAGGAUGGAAGGCUUAUGAUGAAGAUCCUUUUGAUGAAGUUCACAAUCCAUGUGGAGUAAUUCAAAUGGGAUUGGCUGAAAAUCAGGUAUCAUUUGAUAUGGUGGAAGACUACUUGGAAAAACAUUCAAAAACAAUUAAUUGUGGGAGUGGAAUUUCUAAUUUCAGAGAAAAUGCAUUAUUUCAAGAUUAUCAUGGAUUAUAUUCAUUUAGAAAAUCAAUGGCAAAAUUUAUGGAAAAAAUAAGAGGUGGAAGAGCAAAAUUUAAUCCAGAUAGAGUUGUUAUUACAGCUGGUGCAACAGCUGCUAAUGAAUUAUUAACUUUUAUUUUGGCUGAUCCUGGUGAUGCUUUGCUUGUUCCAACUCCUUACUAUCCAGGAUUUGAUAGAGAUUUAAGGUGGAGAACAGGUGUAAAAAUAAUUCCAAUUCAUUGUAACAGUUCAAAUAAUUUCCAAGUUACACCACAAGCCUUGGAAUCAGCUUAUGAAGAAGCAAAAUUCAACAAAAUUAAGGUUAGAGGUAUACUUAUAACAAAUCCUUCAAACCCUUUAGGUGCAACAAUCCAAAGAUCAAAUCUUGAAGAUAUUCUUGAUUUCGUUGUACGUAAAAAUAUCCAUCUUAUCUCUGAUGAAAUCUACUCUGGCUCAGCAUUUUGCUCCUCGAAAUUCGUGAGCAUAGCUGAGGUUCUGAAAUCUAGAAAUGACGUGGACUCGGAGAGAGUCCACAUCGUUUAUAGCCUUUCGAAAGACUUAGGUCUCCCUGGAUUUCGAGUUGGUACAAUUUAUUCGUACAAUGACAAUGUUGUAACAACAGCUAGGAGGAUGUCAAGUUUUACGUUGAUUUCAUCUCAAACACAACAAUUGUUGGCAUCCAUGUUGUCUAAUGAGGAAUUCACAACGAAUUAUAUUAAGACGAAUCGCGAUAGAUUGAGGAAGAGAUAUGAAAAAAUUAUUGAUGGAUUAAAGCGUAGUGGAAUUGAGUGCUUGAAAGGGAAUGCAGGGUUAUUUUGUUGGAUGAAUUUGAGUCAAUUAUUGGAGAAGUCAACAAAAGAAUGUGAAUUGAAACUUUGGAAUUCAAUUUUAUGUGAAGUAAAAUUGAAUAUUUCACCAGGAUCAUCAUGUCAUUGUUCAGAGCCAGGAUGGUUUAGAGUUUGUUUUGCUAAUAUGAGUGAACAAACAUUAGAAAUUGCACUCAAAAGAUUACAUAAUUUCAUGCAAAGAAGAACACAAAAUAGGUAUUGAACAUCUUCUAUUAUGUGGUGUAUAUCCGGAUAAAUCAGGCCCUAAUACAUGUAUCGAACAUCAGAUGGAUCGAGUUCUGAUAUAGGUAUUGAACAUCGGACGUAUCGGGCCCUAAUACAGGUAUCAAACAUCAGAUAGAUCGGAUCGAAUGAAUCGGGCUCUAAUACAGAUAUAGAAUAUCGGAUGGUAUACUCAAAAAAGAAAACUUUCGUCUUUAGUUCUUUUUUAUUUGAGGGGGGGAAAUCCAAUUUUGAUUGAUGUUGGAUUAAUUCUCUAAUUGAUGUUAAUUCAAAGGAUUUGGAUUUUUGUCCUCAUAUAAUUGUAUAUGAUAUUGUCUUUACUAUCUUUAAAAAGAUGAAGAUAUGAUUCUAUAUGUUAGGCAAU